CGAAGGGGCGGGCUUUUGUCCUGCAGAGAGUCGGUGCUGCAACCUGGCUGUAGAGUGAAGGAAGUAAAUAAUUAGAUUGGAGGAUUUAUGUAAUUUCGGUGUUUAGAUCUGGCUCCCUUGAUACAUUACAUAACCGAGUCCGUUAACUUUGUUGGGUGCCUGCAUCUUUGUAUUGUUAGCAGCAGCAGCAGCAGCCGUCGGAAGAAAUCUGAAGCGUGUGUGCUAGUUGUAUCGUUAUCUGUGUGGUGAGGUGCGGGUGUGAGGUGGGCCUUGCCCGGACGUCAGUGUGACUAAAAUCCCUAUUCUGAGACUUCUCCAGUUUAGAAAAAAUAACAUAAAAAUUAUAAUAGUUUGAGUGCAUUGUCUAGACCCUCAGCAUCAUCAAAACCAUACACUCAGGGGACUGUAGUGUGGACUCCACGAGCCUUUACAAAUGGCAGAUAACUUCUGUGAUGCCCUGAAGAAGCUGAAGCUAACAGCAGCUGAGAGCACAGAGGAUAGCUUGGAGGGAUGCCUGGACUGCCUGCUUAAAGCCUUGGCUCACAACAAUGCAGAAGCCAGUGAAAAAAUCCAAGAAAGUGGGCUCCUCCAGGUGUUCCCCGGCCUGCUGACUCCACAGUCUUCCUGCACCCCAAAAGUAGCUAACAUCAUAGCUGAAGUAGCCAAAAAUGAAUUCAUGCGGAGCCCUUGUGUGGAAGCCGGAUUGAUCCCGCCCCUGGUGCAACUGCUAAAUUGCAAAGAUCAGGAGGUGCUGCUACAAACAGGCCGGGCCCUGGGGAACAUCUGCUACGAUAGCCAUGAGGGCAGGAGUGCAGUUGACCGUGCUGGGGGUGCACAGAUAAUAGCUGACCACAUAAGGUCGCUAUCCCAAAAUACAGACCCAGCCAAUCAGAAGCUCUUGACUGUCUUUUGUGGCAUGCUGAUGAACUAUAGCAAUGAUAAUGAUUCGUUGCAGGCACAGCUGAUCAACAUGGGUGUGAUUCCUACCCUUGUGAAGCUGCUUGGGGUCCAUUUCCAGAACACGCCGCUAACAGAGAUGUGUUUGAUUGCGUUUGGAAACCUGGCAGAACUCGAAUCCAGCAAAGAACAGUUUGCGUCCACAAAUAUUGCAGAGGAGCUGGUAAAACUCUUCAGAAAGCAGACAGAACAUGAGAAGAAAGAGAUGGUUUUUGAAGUCUUGGCUCCUUUGGCAGAAAACGACAUGAUAAAGCUGCAGCUGGUGGACGCUGGCCUGGUUGAGUGUCUCCUGGAUGUUGUUGGACAUACUGUGGAUGGGGACAAAGAGGAAGACAUAGCUGAGUUGAAAACUGCCUCUGACCUCAUGGUAUUGCUGCUAUUGGGGGACGAAUCGAUGCAGAAGCUGUUUGAUGAAGGGAAAGGCAGUGUCUUUCAUCAGGUGCUCUCCUGGGUGCCAUCACACAACCACCAACUGCAGCUGGCUGGUGCCCUGGCCAUCGCUAACUUUGCUCGUAACGACGGGAAUUGCAUCCACAUGGUGGACACCGGGAUUGUUCAGAAGCUGCUGGAUCUGCUGGACAGACACGUGGAAGAUGGGAAUGUCACAGUUCAGCACGCUGCCCUUAGUGCCCUGCGAAACCUGGCAAUUCCAGUUGUGAACAAGGCAAAGAUGCUGUCUGCGGGAGUAUCAGAGGAAGUGUUAAAGUUUCUAAAAUCAGAGAUGCCUCCAGUACAGUUCAAGUUGCUGGGAACGUUACGAAUGCUGAUUGAUGCACAAGCCGAAGCUGCAGAACAGCUGGGGAAAAAUGUGAAGUUGGUGGAACGCCUGGUGGAAUGGUGUGAAGCUAAAGACCACGCAGGCGUGAUGGGUGAAUCAAACCGACUGCUCUCUGCACUUAUAAGGCACAGCAAAUCAAAGGAUGUCGUCCGGACGAUUAUCCAGUGUGGUGGUGUGAAACACUUGGCUACCAUGGCAACGAGCGAGCACAUGAUCAUGCAGAAUGAAGCCCUGGUAGCUCUUGGACUGAUAGCUGCUUUAGACUUGGGGAUGGCAGAGAAGGACCUGGAAAGUGCUACACUAGUGCAGGUACUACACACGCUGUUAUCAGAUGAGAGGAGUGCCCCUGAGAUCAAAUACAAUUCCAUGAUACUCAUCUGUACUGUCAUGGGAUCAGAACCUCUGCAUAAGGAAGUACAAGGCUUGAUGUUUCUGGAUGUUGUAUCAAAGCUCAGAAGCCAUGAGAACAAAACUGUGGCCCAGCAGGCGUCCUUAACAGAGCAGAGGUUAACAGUACAAAGCUAAAGGACUCUAACCCCCUUCCUCGUCACUUUGUCUGUGGAGUGUCAUGUCACACGGUCUCCCGUUUUGUCCAUCGCCCGCUGUUCCUGCUAACACUCUCCCUUUAUAUAACUUGUGCAUGCAUAAACAGGUCUGCGCAGUUAACUCAAACAAAAACAAAAAAUAUACUGUAGGUAACAUUCAUAAAUUUUAAAAUGUAACUUUUUAGACCAUUGCUGUGAUAUGAAUCUGCCAAAACAACAACAAAAAAAAAAACAAUCCCAUCCCAUCAAGUGUCCAACUCUUCCUUUGUUGCUUGAAUGCCACAUAGUAAGAUGUGCAUGUUGUAGUCCAGUUGAUGAUGUAACAGUGUUUAGCCACAUUGCUCGCAGGCUGUCCACGUCUAAUCCACAUAGGGAUGUAGUGCCUAUAACCUAGAGAACAGGCAGAGGAGGCAGGGAGUAUGAUUAUGAUUGUGCACUUUAAGAGCUCCAAUAGAGCCCUCAUCUGGAAAAGUACCGCAUUGCACCUCUGCCCCCUUUCACUGGCCUUGCUCUUUUUGAAAUGUCAAAAAACUAAUCACAGUUCCUAAAAUUAUACAAUAAAGUAGUCAAACAAUU